AUGCUCAUCUUCCCAGGGAAAGCCCCGAAUCCCUCCCAGAGGGAGAGGGCCUUCGUUCAGUGGCCAGGACUGAAGUACGGAAUUCGUGCAGUUGAUUUGAAAAGUAUAGAAACUGUCUUGGAAUCUGGGUUCUUCUCUAGAAUCAGUAGUUGGAGAAAUUCAACAGUUGGUGGACACCCAUGGCAGGUCUCCCUGAAAUUAGGUGGACACCACUUCUGUGGAGGAAGUUUGAUUCAAGAUGAUCUGGUUGUUACAGCAGUACAUUGCCUGAUUAGCCUCAAUGAGAAGCAAAUUAAGAGUCUGACAGUGACUGCUGGGGAGUACAACCUCUUUCAGAAGGAUAAGGAGGAACAGAAUAUUCCUGUUUCAAAAAUUAUUAUCCAUCCUGAAUACAACAGACUUGGGUAUAUGAGUUUUAAUAUUGCACUGCUGUAUCUAAAACUCAAAGUCAAGUUUGGAACUACUGUUCAGCCAAUCUAUAUUCCCCAUAGAGGUGAUAAAUUUGAAGAAGGGAUUCUUUGCACGGCCAGUGGAUGGCGCAAGACUUCAGAGACAUCAGAAUAUUCAAAUAUCCUACAAGAAGUGGAAGUUCCCAUCAUGGAUGACAGAACAUGUGGUACCCUGCUCAGGGGUAUGAACCUUCCUCCCCUGGGAAGGGACAUGUUGUGCGCCGCUUUUCCUGAUGGGGCAAAGGAUGCCUGCCAGAGGGACUCUGGAGGCCCACUUGUUUGUAGAAGAAAUGAUGGAGCCUGGGUUCUUGCUGGGAUACCUUCCUGGGCAGCUGGUUGCACUAGAGUUUGGAAUCCUUUCAGAAAUAAGCAGAGAAAGGCAUCACCUGGCAUUUUCUCCAAGGUGUUUGUGUUGAUGGAUUUUAUCACACAGACCAUGGCAGACUCUUUAAACAAAAUUGAAUCAACAUCAUUUCCCCAAACCAAUCCUGUAUCUUCUGCAAAAGUUAUUCCAUAUGGUGUCUGUGGCAUCCCUCCAUUUAAUCACCAGUGGCUUUCUAGAAGAAUUGCAGGAGGAAUAGAAGCCUGCCCCCACUGUUGGCCAUGGCAGGUGGGUUUGAGGUUUCUCGGCAAUCACCAGUGUGGAGGUGCCAUCAUCAAUUCGAUUUGGAUUCUGACUGCAGCGCAUUGUGUGCAAUCGAAAAAUAAUCCACUCUUCUGGACCGUUGUUGCUGGAGACCAUGACAGAACCUUGAAGGAAUCAACUGAGCAGGUGAGAAGGGCGAAACACAUCGUGAUGCACGAAGACUUUGACACACGGAGCUAUGACUCUGACAUCGCCCUGAUACAACUGAGCUCUGCCCUAGAAUUCAACUCAGUGGUGAGGCCAGUAUGUCUUCCCCACAGCUUGGAGCCUCUGUUUUCUUCUGAGAUUUGUGUUGUGACUGGCUGGGGAAGUGUUAGUAAAGAAGGUGGUCUAGCAAGUCGCUUACAGCAGAUUCAAGUGCCUGUGUUAGAAAGAGAGGUCUGCGAACGCACUUACUAUUCAGCCCAUCCGGGAGGAAUCUCAGAGAAGAUGAUCUGUGCUGGCUUUGCAGCAUCUGGAGGGAAAGAUGUGGGCCAGGGAGAUUCUGGUGGACCAUUAGUGUGUAAGCAUGAAAAAGGUCCCUUUGUUCUCUAUGGCAUUGUCAGCUGGGGAGCAGGCUGCGGCCAACCAAGGAAGCCAGGUGUAUUUGCCAGAGUAAGUGUCUUCCUGGACUGGAUUCAAUCCAAAAUCAAAGGUCCUGUUUUACUCGAGAUAAAAAAUGAAAGCAAAAUCUUAACAAGACAACAAUUGCCACCACCCACACCCUCAAGAGACAGUGCAUCUGGGCCAGGCUGUUACUCUGAAGUGGAGUUAGAAGAACCUAGAGGCUUUUUUUCGUCUCCAAGAUAUCCACUGAAUUAUAGAGGAAAACUGGAAUGUUCUUGGGUGCUCCGAGUUUCACCAAGCAGUAUGGCAAAACUUACGGUUGAGUAUCUGUUACUCCCUGGGUCUCAUAUGUGUCAAGAUUCAGCUCUGAUUAUUUAUGAAGAAAACCACAGUGAGAGAAGGAUGUCAGGUAAAUUAUGUGGAAGAAGGCUUUAUCCAAUGGUUUUCAUGAGCUCUGGACCACUGGUGAGGGUGACAUUUCAUACCAGUGUGCAAGGUGCUUUUGGCAUAAAUUAUAUUGUCUUUAGAGUCCAAGGUCCAAAGAGCAGUAAAAGCACCCAAUCUCUUCAGAGUUCAAACCAAGAGCAUGUGGCCACCUGUGAGGAUGUUAUUCUGACCAAACCAACAGGGAUCAUACAAUUCCUGAGAUAUUUUCACAGAACCACUAUGAGCUGCCACUGGAGAUUACUAGCCCCUGUAAAUCAUAUCAUUCGCCUUGAUAUUAUCAACUUUCAGAAGCAACCAAUGCCCUUGGCCUGUCAGGGUUACCUGUGGGUUUAUGAAGGAUUUGGAUCAGGAAAAAAAUUAAUAGAUGGUGUUCUUGCCAAAGGUACCAGUGACCCCCACAAGUUCAGAUCUGACAGUUACUUCUCGGUCAUAACAGCUGCAUUUGGCAUGGAUGACCUCUUCUUCCUUCUAGAAUUUCAUUUGUCAUGGCCUCCAGGAAACCACUGUUACUUGACUGUCCUCUUUCUUCACGGCUCACUCUUGGUCGGCCUUACACUGACCUAUGAGAUUCUGUAUGAGCUGGCUCUUGGCUACCUCCUUGACUACCUCUCCGAUCAUUUUCCCCAGCCACACCAAGCAAGCCCCCCUGCUGUUCUCUCCAAACCGUACAACCACGCCUACAAAUAG